UAAAACCCUAACAAUCUCCCACACUCUUCCCUAUAUAAUGUCACCUAAAACCCCAGUUUCUUCGAUCUUCAUUUCCUAGCGUCUCCAGCCUCAAAUUUCACUCGAAGGUUAACAGAAUGUCGAACCCCAAAGUUUUCUUUGAUAUUUUGAUUGGAAAAGCGAAAGCUGGUCGAAUUGUAAUGGAGCUAUUUGCUGAUGUUGUACCAAAAACUGCUGAAAAUUUCCGUGCCCUCUGCACUGGGGAGAAAGGUGUUGGAAUGUCUGGGAAGCCAUUGCACUAUAAAGGCUCAACAUUUCACCGAAUCAUCCCAAGCUUCAUGUGUCAAGGUGGAGAUUUCACAAGGGGGAAUGGCACUGGUGGAGAAUCAAUCUAUGGCAUGAAAUUUGCAGAUGAGAACUUCAAGCUCAAACAUACUGGAUCUGGUUGUUUGUCAAUGGCAAAUGCUGGACCAAACACCAAUGGUUCUCAAUUCUUUAUAUGCACCGAGAAGACUCCAUGGCUUGAUGGAAAGCACGUUGUCUUUGGUAAAGUAGUGGAUGGUUAUAGCGUUGUCAAGGAGAUGGAACAAGCAGGCACUGAUAGUGGGAGGACUUUGCAACCAGUCGUGAUCGAAGACUCUGGUCAGCUAAAAGAGAACUGAAAUUUUAACUGAUGUAUUCUAAUCUAUUUGUUUGGAUUAGAUGGCAAGGAUGCUAUAAUAAUUCCUCUUAUCUGUAAGUAAUCCGUUUUAAUGCAGCAUUACUAUGUCAGAAUUUUUCAAAUUAUGAUAAGCCAGAGCAAUAUAUGACUUUGAUGAUUCUCUACGGCAAUUUGGGCUCUAUGCCUCUAUCCACUUUUUGUCACUGAUUGUGUACUUUCCGGUAGGAAAAACUGCUUCAGUGUCAUGUUUGAUCAGAUUGUACAUUUUUGUUUUGAAAUGAUCAGAUUAUACACUUUUGGAUGGGAGAGGAACUGAUCAAUUU